AUGAGAGACGACGACAAGCAACGAUAUCAAGCAGCUGCAAUCGCCUUCGUGUUGGUUUUGCAGCAAUGCAGUGCCCUACCUUAUACAUCUUCCAUUGGGGGGAAUGAGAUCGAUUCGGAUGGAAAUUACCAACACUCUGGCGGUGGAAGAUCGGUGGAUUAUCACACGGUUGUUGGCCACUUCAAAGACUUCUUCAUGUAUCUGCCUGUGAUGAUGACCACCAUAAAAGAGACCAUGUCCGGCUUCCCAAAAUUCGCCGAGGGCGUGCGUAUUCUAACCUCUGGGAAGGGAGGCGUCGACGGCGGCGAGGACUGCAAAUGCAGUAAAAAUGCCCUGGGAACGGGCGACAGCAGCGAAAUGUCGGACGGUAAUGGUCGCUUUGGUUAAUAGUUGAUAGUUCUUAUCAAAGCAUCGACAAUAAAAUG